AUGCACAAGCUCAAAGAUUCCGGCCUCAUUCCCGACGUCUGCGACCAUUUCCCCAAAGAAACCCUGGCAGUCCGUUAUUUAGACUCUGGUAAAUCAGCAGAGGUCAAGUUCGGGAACGAAUUGCGACCAAGCCAGGUCUCGCGUGCUCCUUCAACAGUGACCUGGACAGCCAAACCUGGGCAACUGUACGCAAUCAUUAUGGUUGACCCGGAUGCCCCGAGUCGCGUCGAACCCUCGUACAGAAGUUGGCUGCAUUGGCUCGUCACGAACGUGCCGGGAUCCGAGGUCAAUCGAGGUGACCUUGUUGCGUCUUACAAGGGUUCGGCCCCACCGAAAGGCACUGGGAAUCAUCGGUAUUUCCUGUUGGUUUUUGAGCAGCAAAGGGGUCGCAUUGAUGUUAGGGAAACGUUUGAGAAACGGGCGUCUGAGGCAUCUCUUCAAUUUCAAUACAACAUAUCUGGGAAAAAGGACAUUUGGUUGGAUUCGAUGCCAAUUUUGAUCAUCACAGUUCUUGCGUUAUUUGCGCAAAAGUUCGCGUUUUGUUGGUGGAUCUCUGCUCUGUUGUUGUUCUCACGACUUUGCAGAGCGGCUUACAAACAUUUGCUCGCAAGACUAACAGAAGUUUGUGCAAAUUCCUCUGGAAAAGACUUGGAUGAUUUGAGAGUUACUUGGACUCGACUUCAUGGAGCAUGUUUCGACCUGCUGAAAGCGUUUGAAUCUUUCGCUGUUGGAUUCAUUCUGCACAAUGGGGUGCAGUUUUGCUUGAACACGUAUUUAUUUUUGGAGGACAUGAAACUGAGCUUCCUUUUAUGGGGAGUACGGCUUUGGUACAUCUCGAAUUAUGGAGCAUUAGCCCUUGGACAAAUUCUGUCCAUGCUCGUGGUUUGUCACGCCGUGGAGACGAUUUCUGGCGCAGAGCAAGAGGUCAUUCAAGAACUGAGAGAAAUUCCUACACAUGAAAUGGACAUGAAUUCAGAAAACGAAAGUGUCAUAAUCCAGUAUUUCCGGCAAUACAUUAUCCGUUGUUUGAACGACGUGUUUCUUCAGUUUCAGCAGCUAUUUUAUGAAGUGGCGACUUUUUCCAAGGACUUCAAGGGCUGGGGACUUUUCGAAAUCAAGAAAGGCAUGAUAGUGACUAUGGCGAAUUCUUUCCUAACCUACUUCUUGAUUUUGCUCCAAUUCAGCAAGGAAGAGCACGCAUCAACGUAG